CGCAGAGUGGAUCAUCGGAACAACUCAAUCAAGACUCUCUUCGUCAAGAACCUUAUAAGCUGUAUCACACGUCCUUUUUUAGACCAUCAACUCAUCAACCAUGACACUUUUUUUGCAUUCUCUACCCCUGGAGGUAUUGCUGAUUGUGACUGAUAUUCUGGCUUCCGAGCACCUCCCCAGCUUGCAUGCCUUUUCUCUCGCGAGCAAGUCUUGCUGCGCCAUCGCUAAGAGCAACUGCUUCCGAAAUAUCCACUUCGAGACGGUUGCAGAGAACAGGCUCUUGGUUGACAUUGAACGCUGGGAAGGCAUCCUCCAAAGACACAAUGCUUACUCUUCCGUUCAUCGACUAACUGUUCACGGCUUUAUCCCAUUAACAACAUCCAACAAUGCAUCCUAUAUUGAAACCCCCGAUAUACCACUGUCCUUUCAACGACCAUGCCCCCGGGAAGACGAAUGGACAGACCUCAGGUCUCAAUACUCUAACCUCCUGUUUCCGGGGCCUAAACCAGCUGAUCUCGAAACAAUGACCGCAUGGGAACCACUAGCUCGGUUUAUCAAGAAGCUCUCAGGGCUCAGAGAUCUGUUUUGGACCGCAUGGGCCGCGUUCCCGCCAUGUAUACUGGGGGUGCUGCAUCAGCAUCUCCCAAAAUGCCGAAUCCACAUAAGAUCAUCCACUCUGAAGCAUUUGUAUGGAUCGUCACCUCUCCCUGCGGGUUACGAAUCAUACGAGUACGCUCUUGCGACGUCUCCCUCGCUAUCCAGCCUGGCAUUCAGGAUGGGGAACUUGCAGAAUGCCGCGGUGUGCACCGAGCGCGCUGUCUUGCGCAUGGCUGCUGGACUCGCACCCAACCUAACACAGGUAUACAUGCAAUACGUGAACGAGUUUCCCCUAAUAUAUGACGAUACUGAACUGAAACCACCACGCACGCACCUUUUCACGAAGCCGCCGGUCUAUCCAUCUCGUCUCCGCUCACUAACACUGCACGGCCCUACGCCUGAGAGCACCGAGAGCUGGAACGAAUAUACCCCUUUCUCCAACCUGACAACGUUCCAGUUGCAUGGCGAUUACAAAUACGAUCUUCUCUCAAAGCUUUCGACGUAUGAUUUCCAGUCCCUGAAGAGCCUCGUGCUUCGAUUCACCAAUAACAUGGCCCCGCGAUGCCGAUAUGGCUUCGUCGCCCACUUGGAUACUAAUCCUGAUAGUUUCCUUACGAAACUUCCUCCACUCGAAAGUCUUCUGAUCUCAGCCCCCUGGGCCGAACAGCCUCUCGAUAUCCCAUUCGAGCAUCACGGUACAAAACUCCGCAAACUAGGACUCUUGCUUUCCCGCCCACAACGCCGCCCAGGCCGGAAACCACAUAUCGCUCUUAAACAAAUCAAUCAAAUCAAAGCCCACUGUCACCAUCUCCGGGAUUUGACUAUCCAGAUUCCACGGACGCAAGGUGAUGCCCAUGAAGUGGAGAUCUACCGCGCGCUAGAUAUCGCAUCUCUGUCUAGUCUUACGAUAGAGCUAGACUGCACAGCUAUGAAUGAUGAUAUCAAACCCUGUCUCGUGAAUUUAGCCAUUGAUGAAAAGCUCGUUCGGUCUAUUUUCUCCACUGUUACAAACUCGUUUUCUCCGUCUUCGUUGCUGCAAACUCUCAGGUUAGAAGUCUUCAUGAACACCCCAUAUGGCAAGCUUGAGAUCUUCCACGCGCUCAUGAGAGAGACCAUCUGGGAGGCUUUCCGCGCACCGGAUGGCGUAUUCGUGCAUGAGAGUCUCCGGGAUAAACGCGAUAGCUGGCGGAAGAGAAUUGCACUGGCGGAUGACUGGAUGGGCGAUGUUCCUGCCGAGAAGGAGUUCAGGGAGCUUUGGCCGUCCAAGGGGGGUCAUUGGAUGCAGGAUUGGCAUAGCUUUCCGUUGCAGUUGACUUAGCUUCUUUAAAUAUUGAAAUAGAUCCUAUUGUAUAGCUGGCUGGUUGUCUCGCUGACUAUCCCAUAAUAGCAGAAACUUGGGUUAGAACAGCUACUAGAUACUCAAGGUUAGAAACAUUUCUUUUAGGCUGACUUACAUUAUCAUUAUAGCUGGUCUUUACAGAACGUUAAAUGUACGUAUUCUACCUGAGAAUACCAAAAAGAAAUAAGUAACCA